AUGCAGAACACAAAAGAGGAGAAAUAUGAAGAGGAGCAGUUGGAUUACGAACCAUCUACAGAUGACCAGAGUGGACUCCUUGAAACAAGUGAACAAGAAGACUGGACAGAAAAAUAUGGAGAGAAACAGAUUGAGUACGGAGGAGAACUAGAUGAAGAAACUGAGGCUUUCAGUGCAGAAUUAGAGAGCAUAUUACAAGGUGAUCUAGGCAUUGACAUGUUUAUCCUGCUAGAAACGUUCAGGGCAGCAGAAGGACAAGAAAGCACUUUGGAAGGAGACGUGCUCUCCCAGGAAAGUUUUGAGUGCAGAUUGGCAGAAGUGGGGGAGGCUGCAGAACAACAAACACCUACUGCCAAAGCAGGCAGAACUGCCAUGAAAUUAGUCGCAGAACAGCUGUGCUUUUCCGUACCUACUGAAGAAAUGGCCAAGAUGGGCAGAACAGAUAAGGAUCUAAUUCUAACACGCUUAACAGUCACCAACGUCAUUGGGGGCACCACUAAGACUCAUACACCACUUCUACCACUUACAAUGCACUGCUUGGCAGAAACUGGAUCCACCAGAGUCUAUGUGUUCCUUCCACUCUACACCAGCAGUUGGCCUUUUGUCAUGAAGAGGGCCAGAUAUUAUCAUGAUGACCUUAGUCCUUUCACUUUCUUCAGAGUCAACCAGAACGACCAUCCCAAUGGUGUCACGGCCGAGAAACUCAUUGAAGAAAGUCUGGCUAGUUCUCUAGAGGACUGGAAUAGACCUUGCGUUCUCAAUCUCCACAGUUAUGAUGUUUAG